AUGGCUAUCAGCCACGAAACGAAGGAACUGGAAGCAGAGUCCCGAACUGCACCUCGCGAGAUUGCGGAAAGGAACGAUGCCUCCGCCAACCAGCAGGAUGCUGCGCACCGGAUGCUGAGAGGUGCCCCAGGCAACAUACAAUCACCGUUGUCGCCCAGGAGUCCUGAUCGCCCUCUGUUGCCGUUGGAGGCGGGGGAGGAAGAGAUGGAGGUGACAGAGGGUGAGGUCUGUAUGAAACUGCCUGAACCGGAGUCUGGGCCUGUAGUGUCUUCUCCCGGUAUUAUGUCGAGGAUAAUCCCACCAGGCGGGUUGCUGUCCACUGUUUUCAACCUUUCCUCUAUAUGUGUUGGUGCCGGUAUCUUAGGCCUCCCUGCUGCAGCAAACAACAGCGGCCUUCUCAUGGCGUUCGUGUACCCGGUAAUAAUCGUGGUUCUCUCCGUGUACUCGCUGUACUGUCUCGCCGUGCAGAUGGAGCGGUUUGGCUUGAGGACAUAUGAGGACGUGUCACGCACACUACUGGGCCCGGGAUUUGACCAUUUCACGGCUGCAGUGCGUCUACUAAAUACCUUUGGCGGCUGUGUAGCUUUUAUCAUUGGUGUGGGGGAUAUUUUUAGCGCCAUCCUUGACAACACCGAUGCUCCCGACUACUGGAAGUCAACGUCAGGGAACCGUCUGCUGACAACUCUCUUGUUUCUCGCAGUGAUG